AUGGCCGCUUCUAACGCAUCGUCAUUUCUUUUCGCACUUCUCGUUGCUCUUCUAUUGUUCGCAUCCAUGCAAAUAUUUCGCAGUCACCUUGCCGCAAGUCAACCAAUGACAAUCGCAGGUGGAUUUAUGGGUUCAUUAGUAUUUGUAUCUCUCCUUACGGCUGUGAGCAAUUUCGAAAUGAAUACAUUUGGACCAAAUUUUCAAGCCCGAGUAUUUCCUGAAGUUGUUACAUGUUUAUUUAUGUCAAUGGUCUGUUGUGCGUUUGUCCACCGAGUUUGUGUUACAACAUGCGUCAUCUUCUCUAUGAUUGCUUUAUAUUAUAUCAAUCGUAUUUCGGCAAGUACCUAUGCAAGUUCCGUUGGCCCACCAACGGGUUAUGCCACACAAAAGAAACAAAAGUAG